CUGGUUUGGAUUUCAGAGAAAGGUUCCUCAGGCACCUCCUCCUCCUCCUCCUCCUCCUCCUCUGUGAUAUUUAAACAUGAGCUCAGCUGAUGUUUGGUCAGUUUGAUCUACAAAGAAGUCAACACAGGGAUCAAGUUCCAUCAUGGUGCAGAAGGUGGCAGUGAUCGGGGCAGGGCCAUCGGGUCUGUCCACCGUAAAGGCAUGUCUGGAAGAAGGCCUGGUGCCGACCUGCUUCGAGAGCAGCGAUGACAUGGGCGGACUGUGGAAGUUCAAGGAAGUAUCAGAGCCAAACCGAGCCAGUAUCUACCGCUCGCUCACCAUCAACAUCUCAAAGGAGAUGAUGUGCUACAGUGACUUCCCCAUCCCUGCCGACUACCCCAACUACAUGCACCACUCCAAGAUCCUCAAGUACUUCAGGAUGUACGCCGAGCACUUCAAACUGCUGCAGCAUAUCCAGUUCCAGACGUUGGUGAAGAGUGUCCGUCAGAGGACAGACUUCAGUCGGACGGGUCAGUGGGACGUGGUGACCGAGGACAGAGACGGACAGGAGCACAGCCAUGUCUUUGAUGCAGUCAUCUGCUGCUCCGGUCACUACACCUACCCCAACCUGCCGCUCAAAGACUUUCCAGGAAUCGAGUCAUUUGAGGGGAAAUACCUUCACAGCUGGGACUAUAAGGGUCCUGAGGACAUGCACGGGAAGAGAGUGGUGGUCAUCGGGAUCGGAAACUCGGGAGGAGACAUCGCUGUGGAGACGAGCCGGGUCGCAGAGCAGGUCUACAUCAGCACUCGUACAGGUGCCUGGGUCAUACGUCAGGUCUCUGAUGACGGUGUUCCCGUGGACAUGAAGUACAACACACGCUUCGUCCACAUCCUGUUCCAGCUGUUUCCCAUGACCUUCUUCAACUGGUUUGGCGAGAAGAAGCUCAACGCCAUGUACGACCACACCAUGUACGCCCUGAAGCCCAAACACAGGCUCUUCAGCCAGAUUCCGGUGAUCAACGAUGAUCUGCCAUUCAGGAUCCUUGCGGGCGCUGUUGUUGUUAAACCAAACGUGAGGGAGAUCCGCGGCUCAUCUGUGGUGUUCAGUGAUGGCAGCGUGGUUGAAAAGGUGGACACGAUUGUGUUCGCCACGGGUUAUAACUACGGCUUCUCGUACCUGCCGAGUGAUGCUUUGUACAUGUCUGGGCACCGCGUGGGUCUCUACAAACACGUGUUUCCUCCCAACCUGGAGCACCCCACGCUGGCUGUGGUGGGCUUCAUCCACGGACUUGGGGCCAUCAUGCCUCAGGCAGAAAUGCAGGCACGCUUGGCCACACGAGUCUUCAAAGGAGAUAAAAAGCUGCCUUCAAACCAUGCCAUGAUAAAGGCUGUGGAGAAAGACACCAAGGACAUGGAGAAGAGCUACAUCCUGUCCAGGCGGGCCCCCCUGCAGGUGGACUUUGUCUCCUACCUGGACGACCUCGCCGGAGAGAUCGGGGUGCGUCCAAGUCUGCUCUGGUUGCUCUUCACAGACUACCAGCUCUUUAAGAGGGUCUUCUGGGGGCCCGUCACCGCCUACCAGUACCGCCUGAUGGGACCAGGGAAAUGGGAUGGGGCCCGCAGAGCCAUCUUCACCCAGUUUGACCGCAUGUACCAGCCUCUGAAAACCAGACAGCUGAAGGAUCCUGAGACCUCCCUCAUGGGACGCCUGGUGAAGCUGAGUCUGACCGCCAUGGCCGGAGGAGCAGCUGUGUACUACGUCCACGUGCGUUACCCAGACACCAUCCCCGGCCUGCUGACCAGGCUCCGCCCACUAAAUGUCUAAGCAUCCUUAAACAUGAUCCUGUUAUGUUCCUGCAGCUCUUUAGCCCCCCCUGCUGUGAUUUUGUGAUUUUUCAAGCCCAUUUACUGAGACGCUUAAUCUUGUUUUCU